AUGGCCCAAUGCAGAUUCCAUGUUACAAUUAUUGUAAUGGUAUCACGUAUCAGCGUGCUUUGUAUUGUAGGUCUUAAGGAAUCUCUAUCAGUCCUAGUGCCAGUCCGUGACCGCGACACACUCAUCCACAUCCCCACACUUUCACUUCAGCCACUCUUCUCCUUUUCUCAUCUGAAAAUGCGGAGCAUCUUUGCUCUUCUCCUUAUUCUGGGCUUGUUUAAGUAUGCGUUUGCUGAAGAAGGGUAUUGCUCUGCUCCUUCUGGACUUAGUACGGAAUCAAAAUCAAAACCUCUUUAUUGGAAAGUCGACAAUCCCACACUCUCUCCUUUUCACCUUCAAGAUUUACCUGGAUUCACACGCAGUGUUUACAAGAGUAAUCAUGCUUUAAUAUCACCAGAAAGUCAUGUAUAUGGCCCAUUGCCUGAUUGGAUCGACACAUCAGGGGCAUAUUUAAUUUCACCAGAAAUGGGGUCACACUUUGUAAUGUACCUAGCUAAGUUGAAAGAUAAUUCAAGAUCAGGACUACCCCUGCCUGGUGUGGAGAGAUUUAUCUUUGUGCUCAAAGGUACUGUCACCGUCGCUAAUGGUACUGGUGCUAGCCAACUACUUCAGGUGGAUUCAUAUGCUUAUUUUCCUCCAAACUUUGAACAUUCAAUUGAAUGUGAUGCAUCUGCUACUAUUGUGAUAUUUGAACGAAGAUAUUCUCCGCUGCCAAAUCAUAUACCGGAGCCAUUGGUUGGUUCAACCGAUAAGCAGCCACUCCUUGAAACUCCAGGCGAGAUAUUUGAACUGCGGAAGCUAAUUCCAACAUCUCUGGCAUAUGACUUCAAUAUCCAUAUAAUGGAUUUUCAACCUGGAGAAUUUCUUAAUGUGAAGGAGGUCCAUUAUAACCAGCACGGCUUGCUGCUACUUGAAGGGCAAGGAAUUUAUCGUUUGGGUGAUAGUUGGUACCCAGUUCAGGCUGGCGAUGUCAUUUGGAUGGCACCAUUCACCCCACAAUGGUAUGGUGCCCUAGGGAAAACAAGAACAAGGUAUCUUAUAUACAAAGAUGCAAACAGAAGCCCAUUGUAA